GAUUCACCCAAAAAAAGCCAAUUUCUAAAACCCUAGAGUUUGAAAAUGCAGCGAUUGACUUGCUCUGAUUGACAUUUCUAACAGAUAGUGAGUUCUUGCAAUUGUUGAAAAUGGCGAGACCUACAUCAUCGUCUUUCCACUUGCAAUUGAUUACGAAUAAAUGCAUACUAACGAUCAUAGCUCUGUUUUCGAUGUCCAUUUUAAUGGUGCUGCUGAUGCGAGAUAAGAAUUCUGUUUCGUGUGAUGAGCGACUCGUAUAUGGCGGCAAAGAUUCUAGUUCGAAUUCUUCUUUGGAGCCUCCUAAUCCUCUGUCUUUCAUGAAGUCUAAACUCGUUCUCUUGGUGUCGCAUGAGCUUUCUUUAACUGGUGGACCUCUGUUGCUGAUGGAGUUUGCAUAUUUGUUGAGAGGUGUUGAUGCUGAAGUUGUGUGGAUCACUUAUCAACAAGCAGCUGAAUCAUAUGCGGUUUUAUCUAGUUUAGAAAAUAAGUUGGUUGCCAAAGGAGUACAGAUUCUCCAUGAUAAAGGUCAAAAGGCUAUUAAUACAGCUCUGGAAGCUGAUCUAGUUGUUUUGAAUACUGCUGUUUCUGGGAGAUGGUUGGAUGACGUGCUGCAAGAUAAUGUUCCUCGUGUUCUUUCAAAGACAUUGUGGUGGAUUCAUGAAAUGCGAGGGAAUUACUUCAAGUUGGAAUAUUUGAAGCAUCUACCAUCAGUGGCAGCUGCUAUGAUCGACUCUCACACCACAUCAGAAUAUUGGCAAACCAGAACUAAAGAACUUUUAGGUAUAAAAAUGCCAGAUACUUUUGUUGUGCACCUUGGAACCAGCAAGGAAUUUAUGGAAGUUGCUGAGAGCAGUGUGGCCAGAAGAGUUCUUCGUGAGCAUGUUCGAGAGAGGCUUGGAGUGCAGGAAUAUGAUCUGCUCUUUGCAAUUAUAAAUAGUGUUUCCCGUAGAAAAGGUCAAGAUCUAUUUCUGCGCGCAUUUCAUGAAAGCUUGCUGAUUAUUGAAGAACAGAAUUGGCAUGUGCCGCUUAUGCAUGCAGUGAUAGUAGGAAGUGACAUGAAUGCUGAAACUAUGUUUGAGACAGAACUCCGCAGCUUUGUUGCAGAAAAAAAGAUUCAGAAUCGUGUCCAUUUCAUUAAUAAGACCUUGACAGUUGCUCCAUAUCUUGCUGCAAUUGAUAUUCUCGUCCAAAACUCACAGGCUCGUGGAGAAUGUUUUGGGAGGAUAACUAUCGAGGCUAUGGCCUUUUCUCGUCCUGUUCUGGGAACGGCUGCUGGAGGCACCGUGGAAAUUGUUGCGAAUGAGACUACGGGUUUAUUGCACCCAACUGGAAAAGAAGGCAUAACCCCGCUUGCGAGGAACAUUGUGGAACUAUCUACCAAUUUUCUGAGAAGGUUUAACAUGGGAAGGGAAGGCUAUUAUAGGGUGAAGGAGCGAUUUCUCGAGCACCAUAUGGCAGAACAAAUAGCAAAUGUUCUUAAAGAAGUAUUCAAAGAACAAUGGUUGAUGACUGAAGUGAGGUAGCAUGGGAUCUGUACUGGAUCUCUUAUUUUUCCAGGAAAAGUUUGUACAUUUCUUAGGUGGUUGAUAUAUAGGAAGACUAGACUACAGGCUUAAGAUUCACAAAUCACAAGUGUACAUAUGUUGAAACAUAUUUUUGCGUGAAAUUAGUUUCAUAUGUUUCUUGAUUCAAAUAUUUUGGUAUUUUCUUCGACAAUUAUGAAAUAUCAGUCAAUCUGCUUUUUAAAUGAAACACAUCUUGUA